UUUACUUUUGAGGGGUUGGUGAAACUGUAAAACGACAAACUAACCUUCUUUAAUUGAACUUGCGAUUGAACUGCUUGCGAUUUGUUUGUUUCUGUUGAUUCAAAGAAUUAUGUCAAAAGCGCACCCUCCCGAACUCAAAAAGUUUAUGGACAAAAAGUUGUCGCUUAAACUGAAUGGAGGCAGGCAAGUCACAGGGAUUCUAAGAGGGUUUGAUCCAUUUAUGAAUCUAGUUGUGGACGAAAGCAUCGAAGAGUGUAAAGAUGGAACUAAAAAUAAUAUAGGAAUGGUGGUGAUCAGGGGUAACAGCAUUGUAAUGUUGGAAGCCUUGGAUCGGAUCUAGAUUUAAGCAAAAGUUUUGUAUUUUUUUUGUGAAUAAUUUAGUAAUAAAAUUACAUCAAUAGA